GGUUACCGGAAGUACCAUCGUGUCAUCAGGUAGACGUCGUGUGCAUUUCGUUUGGAAUGAAUGUUGAAUUUCAGUGAUUUCCUGACAUUUUCUCCGAAAAUAGUUUUAGCCAAUUGUACUGUUUUGUAGGAGAUGUCUUCAUGAUUCAGAAAGAUUUCACUUGAGUAGAAUGAAUGGCAUUUUAACCACCAGGACGGUGGCGAUAUUAUGACCAGCACCGCAGCCGGUUCGGGCGUCAAGGCAGCAGUACGGGACAAGCAUGAAACCACGUUGUACACUGCGGGAACAGUGGCCGUCAAGGGCGCUAACGACCAGCUGCGCUCCGCGCUACUCCCCGCCAAAGGCCAAGUACAGAACGUGCCCAACUCCCGUGUCUAUGUCUUCGGCAAUGCCGAUGUCGCCGAAGACGAACUCAAUGCAGACUCACAGAACUCUAUCGAGAUGUUGGAGCUCCGUCCAAGAUCGGGGAAAGUUAAGAAGAAAAGAAAAAAUGUUGAGCCAGUUAUUAUCGAGAGGGACAUCGAAAGUGGAGACACUCUUCAGAUUUUUUCCUUACAGUUUGGAUGUCCAGUUGCUGAGUUGAAGCGAUGCAACAAUCUCAUCAAUGACCAGGACUUUUUUGCUCUAAGGAAGAUUAAGAUCCCAAUCAAACAGCAUGGUCUUCUGACAGAGGAACAAGAGGAAAGGAGGCGACGCCCAAACGCAGCCUCCAAGAUGGAACCUCCCGAUGAGAGCCACCUCGUUAAUGGGGGCUUCAUCAGUGAGGAGGACGAGAGUGACUACGGGGAGGAGGACAAUCUCCUAGUACGGCAGAUCAGUAUCCGGGAUUGCAUGCGGGACAAGACAACAGCCAGAGACUUCCUGAAAAAGAUGGACCAAGACCUGGAGAAGAUCUGCCAAGCCACGCAGACGCAGAAGAAGUCCCUGGAGGAGGUCACUUCAACUCUGACCGAGCCCCGCAUCCACCCACUCCUGCUGCCGUACUUCGAGAAGCAAAGAAAAAGGACUCAUUGGGAAGAGACAUGUGGACUAACCUGGAAAUCAGCAUGUCUAAUAUUUGUCCUGAUAGCUGUUGCUGUACCUACUUUAGUAGGCAUUUAUUUUUAUUUUUUUCCCCAUUCUAGCAAACAGCCAUGACAGCUGCUUGCUUGAAUGAAAAAAUAGUUACUGUUAGAAUUCUAAAUACAUGUUCAUCUUAACUAAAUCUUGGAGAAAAACAAUUAUAAGAACUAAGCUAAUUGUACAAUGUAAUGUUAAACCUUUGACUAUGAUUCAGGAUUGAAUCUUGAAUGAAUGCAGCCUUGUUGUGUACACAUGUUCAGUAUCUGGUCCUGCUUUGUGGUGCUCUGAUGUAUAGACAGUGGGAGUUGUUGGGAAAUUUGGGGGGUUUUACAUUGUCAUGUGUCGUUUUCUUCAAAUGUAACUUUUUAUCAAUUGUAAAACAAGCUUGGUCAUUUUCAGACCUUUUGUAUUUCGCACUUCCCAUAAAUCAGCCAAACCAAAGUCUUGGAAAUCAGCAGUCAUGUUUGUUCUUUAUAAUGUGCCCAAGAAUGUGUCUGCUAAUAUUGCAGUGAAAUCAAGCCACCAGAAAGUGUUCAUGUUCAUGCAGUUUGCAAUUCACCUGUGCCUUAUUUUCAUUGUACACUUGUUAGGCCAUUUAAGUUUCAUAUCUGGUUCCCUUUGCAUUUCACACUAGCACAGAUGUUCUGCUAAAUAAUGAAGGUUCUUGUCCGGGGGGAGGGGGGUUAACAUUGUACCAUCUCAAGACGAUUGCUUUGGGUGGUUUUGGUUUUGUUUUGUGUUUGUUCGUGUUGGUUUGAAGUGUUUCUGAAUUCAACAUGUCUAAUGAAGGAAACACAUCUAAGCAAAAUCAGUGCAUAAAAAUUUGGCCCACCAUAGUUUUGAUUUAAAUUCAGGGUUUUUCGUAAGUGGUUCCAUUUUAUUGCAAAUGUAGGGUUGGUCAGUGGCUAAUGAUUGAAAAGAAGCUGAAUAAAAAAUGAACUGGGGAUAUUUUAACCAAGUGUAAAUAAGCAAGUUGUAUACAUACAUGCAAAUGUUUUAAAAUGUUGACAAUUUUGUCAGACCAAAAUUACCUGUCAGUUUACAUCAGAACACAACUUGAGAGGAAAACAAGGUCAUUUAGUGGGGAUGUACAUGUAUAGUGUUUAUAGUAGACAAAUUGAUAAUUUAUAUAUUUUACCAAAUUAAAUGUGUAGAAAAGAAAGGGGUCAUUUUGGUGUACAUGCCUGAAUGUGGCCACACGGACAUUGGUCAAGAGGACGUGUAUGUGCUUUUUUCUGCAUCCGAAAGCACAUGAUUCUUAACAGUUUGUUGUCCAGCAUUCAGGAAUUAGUUUUCUAGUGAUAGCCUGCACAACUUCAGAGGAAUGACAUGGUCCUUUUAGAUGAAAAAAUCUGUCUUAAAAUAAACUGUUUAUCCAUCAGUGAAUAAAAAUGAAGAACAGAUAUGAAAAGUACCUCCUCUCCCCCCCAAAAAAAGAAAUACUUCCACGAUGUCAUUGUAGUGUUCUGUAUGAAAUCAAAAUGUCGAGAUAAGGAACCAACAGAAUUUUUUUAUUAGAGAACUUUACUCUUGGUAUUCCUCUACAGUACGCAUGAAGGACAAUAUCUCAUGUUUUGGGUCAUCCGUUUCAUGCCAUUUUACACACGGACAAACUAAUUACUCUCUUGUGCAGGCUCAUGUCGACUGUGGUGCAUUACAAUCCUGACGUUUCAGGCUGCAUGUAACCUGCUUGGCUGUGGCUUACUGUAAUGCAUUGACCAAUGGAGACAGCCACAUCCACUUCUCAUAGAUGUGUGUGGCCAUUGGAUGUGUUCGGAUAUUUUUAAUGAGGCCUAAUUAUUCCUGUGACCGUAUGUUUGCAUUGUUACUGUCAUUGUUAUUUUUCAAAACUUGAUCCUUCACUAACAUCCCGCCUUGGCCUUCAGUAGCCAGUUAGGCAGAGUUUUUCCAUAUGGCUCCAUGCACUAUAUGUGUUGUGUAUAAAUGAAUCAUGCAUAGUUUCCAUUUGAAAUGCCAGUACAAUGUACGCACAAUUCUGGGAGUAAGGUUGUGGACCGCUGCCGUUGAUGAGAGUUUGGAAGGGGAAUUAAUUGAUGUUCAUGGGGCCUGAGAGGAAAGGGAAUUUUAAAUAGGAGAAAUGGAACCUUUAUAUCGUUUAAGGUCUGUGGAAUUUCUUGGUUUAGAGGUUGUUUUGCUGGUGUCAGAUGCUGUUCUCUGUUAUUUUAAUAUCGUUACAAUGAAUGCACAGAAAGCUGACUCAAGCGUAUCCCACUCCCAGAAGCAAAAAAAUACCUUUUACUGUGACAUCAUACGCGUAAGGUCUAUACUGGUUAAGUGUUAGCUCCCAACAUAAAGCAAUAUUCUCUAUUGACACUCCAUCUCCGCGAUCUGUUCAUUUACAUGGGGAGGUUUUUCUGCUUUGUCAUGACCGUUGGAGAAUUGUUUAAAAUGAGGAAACUUCCAGUUAUUUAGUUCUUUACAAAUCAGCUCUGAAACAAGUUCUUUAGUUUGAAACUAAGUGUUUUUAAUUGCAGACCUGCCUUUUGGUAUAUAUUUUGUGAUUGUGUAAGGCGUUGGCUGUUGAGUGUUGUUUCCUACGUAUCAGUUCAGAAGUACGGAUUAUAAAUGUAUGUGGUCAGAAAGAAUGUAAACACAAGGGUUUGAGUAAAUAGAAAAACUGCCUGACCUCUUAGAUUAAAGACAAAAAUAGAAACAGACUCCAAUAGAAGCCAUCAUUGGUUGAUGUGGGGAGAAAAACUGUUUCUUAAAAAAAAAGAAAGCUUUUGAAUGACAUGGUUAUGAUGACAGGGUACGCAAUACAAGUAUAGCAAGCACCAAUCAGUUCCACAGGCAAGAACCUUAGUCACCUGUGGGAGAUUAAAUUUGUCUCAGUGAUCUA